AUGGCGUCCGUGCAGGCGUCCCGCCGCCAGUGGUGCUACCUGUGCGACCUGCCCAAGAUGCCGUGGGCCAUGGUGUGGGACUUCAGUGAAGCCGUGUGCCGCGGAUGCGUGAACUUCGAGGGCGCGGAUCGCAUCGAGCUGCUCAUUGAUGCCGCCCGCCAGCUCAAGCGCAGCCACGUGCUCCCCGAGGGCCGUUCGCCGGGGCCCCCGGCCCUCAAGCACCCGGCCACUAAGGAUCUGGCUGCCGCUGCCGCACAGGGCCCUCAGUUGCCGCCUCCACAGGCCCAGCCCCAGCCGUCGGGGACAGGCGGCGCUGUCUCCGGCCAGGACCGCUAUGACCGGGCCACAUCGUCGGGCCGCCUCCCCCUGCCCUCGCCCGCCCUGGAGUACACCCUGGGGUCCCGCCUGGCCAAUGGGCUGGGCCGCGAAGAGGCUGUGGCGGAGGGGGCGCGAAGGGCCCUGCUUGGCUCCAUGCCCGGCUUGAUGCCCCCCGGGCUGCUAGCAGCUGCGGUGUCUGGCCUGGGAAGCCGAGGCCUGACGCUGGCACCCGGCUUGAGUCCUGCCCGUCCAGCUUUCGGCUCUGAUUUCGAGAAGGAGAAGCAACAGAGGAAUGCGGACUGUCUGGCAGAACUGAACGAGGCCAUGAGGGGCCGGGCAGAGGAAUGGCACGGACGCCCCAAAGCCGUGCGGGAACAACUGCUGGCGCUGUCCGCCUGCGCCCCUUUCAAUGUCCGUUUCAAGAAGGAUCACGGGCUGGUGGGACGUGUGUUCGCCUUCGAUGCUACUGCCCGCCCGCCAGGCUACGAGUUCGAGCUGAAGCUUUUCACUGAAUACCCCUGUGGUUCUGGCAACGUGUACGCAGGAGUCCUGGCCGUCGCUCGCCAGAUGUUUCAUGAUGCUCUGCGCGAGCCGGGCAAGGCGCUGGCCUCAUCAGGCUUCAAGUACCUCGAAUAUGAACGUCGUCAUGGCUCUGGGGAAUGGCGCCAGCUGGGGGAGCUGCUAACGGAUGGGGUCCGCAGCUUCCGAGAGCCAGCCCCCGCCGAGGCCCUGCCCCAGCAGUAUCCAGAACCGGCCCCUGCGGCCCUCUGCGGCCCUCCCCCACGAGCCCCAUCCCGGAAUCUGGCUCCCACUCCACGCCGUCGCAAGGCCUCCCCUGAGCCCGAGGGCGAGGCAGCUGGGAAGAUGACCACAGAGGAGCAGCAGCAGCGGCACUGGGUGGCACCCGGCGGCCCAUUCUCCGCUGAUACCCCUGGUGUGCCCUCCCCCAUCGCCGCCCUGAAGAACGUGGCCGAGGCCCUGGGCCACUCCCCCAAGGACCCUGCCGGGAGUGGGGGCCCCGUGCGCGCCGGGGGUGCCAGCCCCGCCGCCUCCUCCACGGCCCCGCCUCCAGCCCAGCAUCGUCUAGUGGCCCGCAAUGGUGAGGCAGAAGUGAGCCCCACAGCAGGGGCGGAAGCUGUUAGCGGGGGUGGUAGUGGCCCCGGGGCGACCCCUGGGGCCCCCCUGUGCUGCACCCUCUGCCGAGAGCGUCUGGAAGACACCCACUUCGUCCAGUGCCCCUCAGUGCCCGGACAUAAGUUUUGUUUUCCCUGCUCCCGCGAGUUCAUCAAGGCUCAGGGCCCUGCUGGAGAGGUGUACUGCCCCAGCGGAGACAAGUGCCCUCUAGUGGGCUCCUCUGUCCCCUGGGCCUUCAUGCAGGGAGAGAUCGCCACCAUCCUUGCUGGAGACAUCAAGGUUAAGAAAGAACGGGACCCCUAG